GGUUAACCCUUCCGAAGCCGUGUCGCCGGGGCAGUUGCUGGUUGAGAGACGUCGCCGUGGACGAGGAGGAGGAGGAGGCCUCUCUCACUCUCUCUCUGCCUCCAGGGCUGAAGGGGCCCGAGGCCGGCAUGGAGAGGCAGCAGCCGGGGGGGCCUGGCCGGGUCCCUCUCCCUCCCUCUCCCCAGGAAUGCCCCUCCUUCCCUCCUUGCGAGGCGGGGACCCGCGCCCAUCCCGACGUGCGGCUGAAGACACGCGUCUUGGAGCUUUGAUCUUCUGACGAGCCUGACACUCCACGGUGCACUUGGCUUCAUCGAGAUGGAACAUGGCCCAAGUAAAUAGCACAAGGAAGCCCAAGCGGAUCACCGAAAGGCCAGAGCUCGCCUGAGGGGAAGAGGCACUGUUGGACGUUCCCGGCCCAACAGAAGGAAGGAUGGCCCGCUCCGGCAUCUGGAACCGCCUCAAGUCCAUGCUGAGGAAGAACGAUGACGCCUUGUUCUUGAAUGACUGCAGUGCCUUUGACUUCUCGGACGAGGGGGGCGAGGAGGACAUCCCCAGGUUCAACAAGCUGCGGGUGGUGGUUUCGGAGGAGGCGGGUGAGGCCUCCGCCAACGGGACUCACGUGGGACCCCAUUCCGACGACGAAUCCUUGCUGGACAGGGAUGUGGCUCCGCGGAGCGCCCAGGCCGGCCCCGGGACUGACCCUUGCCACAACUGCAGCAAAGAACGGGAGCGGGCGAAGCAGAAGAAGGUGAAGAGGCGCCUGAUCCUGGCAGCCAUCCUCUAUCUCCUCUUCAUGACAGGGGAGCUGAUAGGUGGAUAUGUUGCAAACAGCCUCGCAAUCAUGACGGAUGCACUUCAUAUGCUAACUGACCUCAGCGGCAUUAUUCUGACCCUGCUUGCUUUGUGGUUGUCUGCAAAAUCGCCUACCAAAAAUUUCACCUUUGGCUUCCAUCGCUUAGAGGUUUUGUCUGCCAUGUUCAGCGUGUUGCUGAUUUAUAUCCUUAUGGUUUUCCUCUUGUAUGAAGCUGUGCAAAGGACCAUCCACAUGGACUACGAAAUCAAUGGGGAUGUCAUGCUUAUUACCGCCGCUGUUGGUGUGGCUGUCAACCUCAUAAUGGGCUUUCUGCUGAACCAGUCGGGCCACCUUCACUCGCAUUCGCACGCUCCAUCCUCCGUCCCUCCACCGAAUCCCUCUGCCUCGGCGUCUGGGCACAGCCAUGGCCACAACAGCCUGGCCGUCAGAGCUGCGUUCGUACACGCUUUAGGGGACCUGGUCCAGAGCAUUGGUGUUCUCGUAGCUGCGUACAUCAUUCGCUUCAAGCCAGAAUACAAGAUUGCAGACCCGAUAUGCACAUACGUAUUCUCCAUUCUUGUGGCUUUCACAACAUUUCGAAUCAUCCGGGACACUGGAAUAAUUGUACUUGAAGGUGUCCCAAGACAUUUGAAUGUGGAACUCAUUAAAGAAGAGCUAAUGAAAAUCGAAGAUGUGUUUUCAGUGCAAAACCUCAACAUCUGGUCACUAACUGCAGGAAAAACUAUUGUCGUAGUCCACUUGCAAUUAGUUCCUGGUGCCUCAUCCAAGUGGGAAGACGUCCAGGGCAAGGCCAGGCGGUUGCUGCUGAACACCUUUGGGGUCUAUCAGUGCUCAGUCCAGCUUCAGAGUUACCAGCGAGAAGAAAGCAAACCCUGCACAAACUGCCAAGGAUCUAGUGCCUAAUUUUUUCCACACUUUUAAGUGGAGGGACUCCCUGCCUUAUUCUUUUUCAAUCUUGCAGCCAAAAGACCACAAAGCAAUAAAAAAGCGAACCGAGAUUUACAAACAUUACAGAAUCCUUUCGGUCUGGGGUUGCAUUCGCAGGCAGUGCAACGGAAAGGACUGGGAAUGAGCAAAAAGCUCUGGGUCAGGAGGACGACCCUUUCCAUGGAGAUGAAGUUAUCUCUCCCACUAUUCCGUUUUGCUAGGGUUUUUUUCUUGCCAGUGUAUCUCCGGUAAGUUGUUUACAGAUUGCAUUACAACUGGGCAGAUACCUCAUUCCGUACUCUUCCAUGUUGUCAUUUGUCAACGGUACUUUUCCUAUGCUCCGAAAAGGGCCUCAGGAAUUUACUACUUGAGUUUCUGAGAAGACUUGAGAAAAGGGCAAUCAUGUCCACAACCGCUAGAUACGUUCAUGAUUCCUGGACUGGUUCCGCAGUAUUCUAUUCCCUUCACAAGAGCCAGGUUUGUCAUUCCUUUGCCUGAAAACCCAAGUCGUUGCAGGCGUAACAGAACCCUUUCUUCACAGAAACUUGAACUCAUCCUUGGCAGUGUAACUUUUACAGGAGCCAGUCGCGGAAAAGUAACUUCACCUGCGCUCCAAGCGACGGGAGGUCUUUUACCGAGGACAAGCUGCCUUUUCCUUAAGACGUCGAGGCUGGACCCGCUCUGUUGGGAAGGAUUGGGGUUUUGUUUUUGUGUCUUUUGUAUCUUUUUGACAUAGGACUUGUACUGUAGGGGGAAAAAAGGUGUAUCUCAUUUCUUCAACUGUAAACGUUCGGCUUUGAGAUGUUUUCUUUCUUACGGAUCAUCUUGACUUUCUAAUGUUCUAACCUGCUUCAAGAAGUCCGUCGGUGAGCACGAAUCUUGCGUCUCGUCAAGACGUAUGCUGUCGCCGCCACUUUGGGAUCGAUUUGCAAAAGAUACAGGGCUCUAUAGAAUUUGCAAACGAGUUGACUCUGAUGUAGAUAUUCAGAAAAUACGAGAGGAUAAAGAUACUUCAUCUCCAAUGCAAUCCCCAAGGGUUUAGAACGGCGAGAAUCUGCCUUUUGCAUUUCCUUUCCGUUCAUAUGCGUCUUCUGCAUGACAAUGUGCUAAAAUGUGCCAGUGAAACAUAAGUGAUUUGGUGAACAGUACUGCUUUCCAGUCAUAAAGGAGAGCUUUUUUUGUUUUUUCUGCUCUCUUUGCCAGUCUAAAAAGUAACCAUCUUUUCUGACCUGUGCUGAAUUGCAGGCCUUCAGUGAGCUGCAUUGGAGGCACCAAAUUAUUUGAAGGUUCUUCGUAAUUGUUCGAAGGGGAAGCCACUGAAAGGCAGAUACGUCGCUUUCGGUUCAUCAGAGUGAAUGUAGAUUAUUGCUCAAAUCAGAAUGAAUGUAGAUUAUUGCUGCCAAUAAUGGCCACCGCCCUAUCGGUAAGUCCCCAGUCGAGUAGACCCAUUGAAUCAAUGGUUGUAGAGCGUCAACCCAUUGCUCAAUCCUGGAUCUACCUGUAGUAAAAACUAACAACAGAACACAGGCCGUUAAUAAUAAUUAUCAAAGAACAGGGCUUGGUUUCGCUUUCUUUGCACCUGCUUUGAUUCAUCAAUACGAAUAGCAUUUCGGGUUUAAAAAGUAUAGUUUCUAACCCAAUUCAGUUUUAGACCCAACUAAUGUAGGUCUAGGGAAUGCAAUAGGGUUUAGAUUGGGAUUGAAUAACAAGUGCUAUUUGCUUCACUGAAAUCGAAGUAGUCCUUGGUCUUUGCUUAUGAGAUUGGGAGCAAUCGGUUUUGUUUAUGUCGCUGGUAAAAGGUUAUAUUCCUCUGAUUUUGUUUUGUACUUGGGACAAACAAGCUGGAAAACUGCACUGUUUGAUCACAACAAGGCAGAGAAAUAUGCGAUGUUACCAAUUACCAGCAUAUUUUGACUAAUUGAAUAAAUACUUAGAGCAGAUAGCCAGGCAUCCGUAAAUAGUUCCUUCAUGGAUUGAUUAUUACUGUAAUCUCUUUAAGGACUGAUAUUUGUCUUCUGAUAAGGCACAUUUUGAUAAAAUUUAAUCAGUUUGUGAAAGAAACUGAAAAUUAUUACAACAUAUGGUAAUUAAAUAUUUCAGUAAAGGUUAUUGUCAUAUACCUUUCCACCUUUAUUGUAAUAUACAUUGUGAUGUUUUUGUUUUUUUUUACAAAAAUAUCACAACAAUUGGGAGUUAGUGCCAUGAUUAGCCUGUUAAGAUGUCUGCCUACCCAACAGACUGUUCCUCGUCGUCGAAACUAGUCAACUUUUUCUAUUGCUCACCCCCAGGACAAAACUCAGUAUUAACAAGCGCAAAAUGCACUAUUUUUUUACCUUUUCGAAAGCAAGAGUGGUAAUCUUACAAUACAGUAUGAUGCGUUUCCAGCCCAGAGACGAAGAGCUGGUAUCUUUGCAGACCGCACCCCCCCCCAACCCAAAGUCCGCCAUUACUACAAAGCCAUAUCACAGUUUGUGAAAAAAAAAUGGUGUUUUCCCUUCAAUAUAACUUUUCUGGGAGUCAGGUUUUGUUUUUGUUUUUUGCACAUGACGGUAUUCAUUACAGAUAUUUCAUUAAGUUAGCUUUUACGGUACACAUGAUUAGAAACUGGGAUUUUAGCAGAUCUAUGCUGUACUUGGGCAUUUUUACAAUUGUACUUACAUUCUAUAUAUUUGUUUAAUGAGACAACUGUGUUGCUUUCUUGUGGAUUUAUUAAAUCAGUUAUUAAAACUG